UUUAAGGGAACUUGCCGUGGUGGGGAGCAGGUUGACAAGCUGGACUCUGCUGAAUUAGUCUGCACAAUGAAGUUUCUCACGAUGAUUGUGUUCUUACAGGUAUCUGCCUGUGGAGCCGCUCCCAUGAAUGAGAGUGAAUUUGCUGAAUGGUACUUGUCAAGAUUUUAUGACUAUGAAGAGGACAGAAUUCCAAUGACAAAAUCAAAAAGCAAUAGAAACUUCCUAGAAGAAAAACUCCAGGAAAUGCAGCAGUUCUUUGGGCUAGAAGCAACGGGGCAACUGGACACCUCAACUCUGGCAAUAAUGCACACACCUCGAUGUGGCGUGCCUGAUGUAGAGCAUCUUAGGUCACUGCCCCAGAGAUCAAGAUGGAUGAAGCGAUACCUCACUUACAGGAUCUAUAAUUACACUCCAGACAUGAAGCGUGAAGAUGUAGACUACAUAUUUCAGAAAGCUUUUCAAGUUUGGAGUGACGUGACUCCUCUAAGGUUCAGGAAGCUUCAUCAAGGCGAGGCUGACAUUAUGAUACUGUUUGCAUUUGGAGCUCAUGGAGACUUGAAUUCUUUUGAUGGCAAAGGUGGGACACUAGCCCAUGCAUUUUAUCCUGGGCCCGGCAUUCAAGGCGAUGCACAUUUUGAUGAGUCAGAAACCUGGACUAAAAGUUUUCGAGGCACAAACCUCUUCCUUGUUGCUGUUCAUGAGCUUGGCCAUUCCUUAGGGCUGCAGCAUUCUAAUAAUCCAAAGUCAAUAAUGUACCCCACCUACAGAUACCUUGACCCCAACACAUUUCGUCUCUCUGCUGAUGACAUACAUAAAAUUCAGUCCCUUUAUGGAGCCCCAGUGAAAAAUCCAUCCAUGAUAAAUCCUGGCGGUCUCCCGUCAACUUUCUGUCAGCAAAGCUUGAGUUUUGAUGCUGUUACAACAGUGGGAGAGAAAAUCUUUUUCUUUAAAGACUGGUUCUUCUGGUGGAAACUGCCUGGGAGUCCAGCCACCAACCUUACUUCAAUUUCUUCCAUUUGGCCAACCAUCCCAUCUGGUAUUCAAGCUGCUUAUGAAAUUGAAGGCAAAAAUCAACUUUUUCUUUUUAAAGAUGAGCAGUACUGGUUAAUAAACAACUUAGUGCCAGAGCCGCACUCUCCCAGAAGCAUAUAUUCCCUGGGCUUCUCUGCAUCUGUGAAGAAGGUUGAUGCAGCUGUCUUUGACCCAAUUCACCAAAAGGUCUAUUUCUUUGUGGAUAAGCAAUAUUGGAGGUAUGAUGUGAGGCGGAAGCUCAUGGACCCUACUUAUCCCAAGCUGAUUUCCAUACACUUCCCAGGAAUCAAGCCUAAAAUUGAUGCAGUCCUCUAUUUCAAAAGACACUACUACAUCUUCCAAGGAGCCUAUCAAUUGGAAUAUGACCUCCUGUCGCGUCGUGUCACCAAAACAUUGAAAAGUACAAGCUGGUUCGGUUGUUAGGAAGAAUGUAGUGAAGGGUGCUUGGUGGUCUUUCAGUUUCUUAAGUACUUAUUACAUAUUCCCUGUAUGCUCAGAGUGUAACAGGGUGGUAAUAAUAUAACAUGAAAUAAGAGGAGGUGUACAGGCCACACACACAGAGUUACACAGAAAAGUGCUUUUACAAAUUAACCUCCUUUCAUAAACUUUUUCACUUGAGUCUCUUCUUAAUUUUGAAACCACAUGCCUUCAAAGGCCAACUAGUUUAUCUGUAAGUUGUUUUCUAAUAACCUUCAAGUAGAAAAAUUAGAAUUACUCCCCUGUCUUUACUGAAAUGUAACAUGUUUUGUUUUCUUUAAAUAAAAUUAAAGAAAGUGUUUGUCUUUUAA